UAUAGGUGAACUAAAUGAUUUAAUUAAACAUUCUUUUUCCCUAGACUCCAUAGGAAUUUCAACCUUACGCCGUGAAAAUAGCGAUCAUUUAAGGGCGUUGCAGAUCCUAGAAGAUUCAGCGCGCCUUAUCGGAAAUCAAUGGGAAGUGGGUCUGCCGUUCAAGAAGGACGUAUUCGCCAUGCCAGACACACGCGAAGCUGCCCUUACGCGCCUACAGUCUUUAAUGCGCAAGUUUGUUAAAGAUCACGCGUACGCAGAUCGCUACCGAAUAGAGGUAAACAAACUGUUUGCCGCUGGCUACGCACGUGAGCUCAAGGAAAAUGAACUUUCGGCCGACCGCAUAUGGUAUCUUCCGCACUUCGGAAUUCAGAACCCCAACAAACCUGGACGUUCACCGUAGUGGCGUGGAGUGGAACGACCACAUCCGACCGGAGGAGCACGCGCGCUGGGUAAGGUGGCUCGACGAGCUUAAACUACUAGCGUCGCUGCGCAUCCUCGACACUACGCGGCCGCGGGGCCAUGGACGCCGUGCUACGAUGAUUCGGCGGAUGGGUAAAAGCAGAGUGACUCAACUUCGUCCGGUCUCUAUACCGAGGCUAGAGCUUCAAGGUUGCUUGCUCUCUGCUCGUCUGGCCGCCACAAUACAGAGCGAACACAAAGACAUUAAGCCAAACAAGCGAUAUUUCUGGAUGGAUUCAAAUACCGCCCUCCAGUGGAUUCGCAGUGACCCUAGAGAUUUUAAACCAUACGUCGCUCACCGCCUCGGUGAGAUUGACGAGUUGACCAGUGCGUCAGAGUGGCGUUACGUCCCCACGUCCUUGAACGUAGCCGACGUAGCCACUCGUGAGGACGCGCCACCACUGCAGUACGAUGACGUAUGGUUCCAGGGGCCAAACUUCUUGCGUGAACGCGAAGGUGAGUGGCCCAAGGAUCUCAAGAGCUCCAAGCAGCUUGAGGAAGCUAUUUGCGAACAAAUUGCCUGUUUAAGGAACAAUAAGCCGUUAUCGAAAGAUAGCCGACUGCUACAGUUAACGCCCUAUCUCGACGAUGCGGGCCUACUACGUGUAGAGGGCCGUAUCGACAAGACUGUUGGAGUCAAUGAGUCUACGAAGAGACCAGUGAUUCUUGAUGGCAAGCAUCGAAUCACCAGACUGCUCGUAGAACACUACCACAGGCGAGCACUGCACAGAGCUCAAGAACUGGUAGUUAAUGAGCUAAGGCAGCGCUAUUGGAUUCUGCAACUGCGACCAACUGUACGCGCAGUCGCAGCCCAUUGUCUGCUGUGCAGAUAUCGUCGCGCCACGCCGCAGCCGCAGCGUAUGGGCGACCUGCCCGCAGCACGGCUGCAGCACAACCGUCGUCCGUUCUCGUUCACCGGGGUCGACUUUUUCGGCCCCAUGGAGGUAACCGUAGGUCGUGGUAGGCAGAAACGGUAUGGAAUGUUAUUCACAUGUCUGACCAUUCGAGCCGUACAUGUCGAAAUAACGGAAAACCUUACCACUGACUCUACCAUAAUGGGUUUGAGACGGAUGAUAGCACGCAGAGGUACCCCUACCAUGAUAUACUGCGAUAAUGGGACCAAUCUUAGAGGUGCCCACAUGGAAUUGAAACGCAGUAUUGCUGAACUAGACAGCGAUGCCCUGCGCAAUGAUGGACUCGUGAGAGGAAUUGAGUGGAAAUUUAUUCCCCCGGGCGCCCCAGAGAUGGCUGGCGCGUGGGAACGAAUGGUGCGUACUUUUAAAUCAUCCCUCCGAGCUGUACUCAAGGAGCGCGCCCCACGGCCAGAGACCCUUUCAACAUUGAUGGCUGAAGUUGAAGCCCUCGUCAACAGCCGUCCUAUCACGUACGUAUCGGUAGAUCCUAACUAUCCUGAAGCUCUGACCCCCAAUCACUUCUUGAUUGGUACGUCCUCAAAUGGACCAGCUUUUGAUUGA